AAAACAAAUGACAAGACAAAAAAGAAGGCAGCAGUCCAAAACACGCACAAAAAAAAGAAUUUAAUGGAUAUCCUAAAAGAAAAAAAAAAGGUUGUCCAGAGCAGUUUUGAAUCAAACAUGGAAUAUGUCCCCAUAGCUGUGCACAAGGAACUGCAAGACAAAUAUUACAACCUCAAAAAAAGGAUGCGAGAGGAGGAGAUGGCCAAUGAAGAAAAUGGGAAAAAAAUUAAAUGCUUAAAAGAAGAAAAAAGGGAGAUGAAGGCAGAACUGCUGCAACUAAGGAAACUAAACUUACAUCUCCAGGAGGAGCUCUUCCUAAACAAGAAAAUAACAGACAAUGAGACCUCUUCUGCAGUCCACACUCCACUUCUACAGCGGGCAGAAAAAACAGCAGAUAUGCAAACUGCCAUAAUACCCAAAAUAACACAAAAGACCUCUUCUUCAAGCCACACUCACCUCACGGAGCAUCAUGGUCUAGAAGAACCAGCAGAGGAGCUAACUACUGGAAGAUGCAAGGAUGGCAAGGAUCUAGGACAUGGAGUCAUGAUAUCCACAGAAAAAUGGGACAUCGUGAGGAGAGUUGUGGGUGACUCAAACUUCUGUAAGAGCCUGGCUGUCGUUAUAUGGGGAACCACAGUCCUCAAACAGAGGAGUGUGACCGGCAUGAAAUGCAACGCUAAAAAAACUGCUGAUGCAAAACCACCUCUGACUCCUGAAAAGGUCUCAGCUAUCAAAGAGUGUCUGUCUCAGAGGCUGAAGGAAAGAGGCCACACCUCAGAGGAAAUAAAUAAGCGCCUCCUAAGUGUACGAAAAUACCUGGCUGAGAAGAUCAGUGACAUAAACCGGAUAAAAACUGUCAGUGGUCUAACCCAGCCACAGUGGAUACAGUGAUGCUACAAACAUCAUAGUUCUUUUCGUUUAUUGUUUAUCUUAUUCUUGUAGUUCUUGUAUACAUUAAUUAAUAAAAAGGUCAUUGUUA